AUGGCUGCUAAGUACCAUGUUAGAUCAAUCAGCUUGCCUUUAAGGUCUCAUCCUACCACUCUCAGAGUUGAAGAUGAGCUGAGCAGGCUCCAAGCAUGGGAGGCUUCUUCAUCUGCUUCAACCUCAGACUCAAUCUGCAGAGCUCUGUGUGGGCUAGAGGAGUUGUAUGAGUGUGUAGAUGAUUUGCUCCACAUGGCAUCAACCCAACAGCUCCUCUCUCAACCCCAACAAGAGAAGUACAUGAAUGAGUUGUUGGAUGGAUCAGUGAGGCUCCUGGACAUCUGCGGAAUUACAAAAGAUGCCAUUUCACAAAUCAAGGAGCAUGCUAGGGCUCUUCAGUCUGCUCUCAGGAGGAGAAAGGGAGACUCAAGCAUUGAAACCGGCAUUGCUAACUACACUUGCUUCAGAAAGAAAAUGAAGAAGGAGGCCAAGAAACUGAUCACAUCAUUGAAGCAAGUUGACAGCAAAAUUGGAGCAUCACAAAUGGUAGAGCAAGAUCAGCAUCUUUCUGCUGUGAUCAGAGUGCUUAGAGACGCUUGCUCCAAUAACAUGUCCAUCUUCCAAUCACUCUUGGUGUUUUUAUCGGUGCCUGUUUCCAAGCCAAAGUCAAACAAGUGGUCUUUGGUGUCAAAGUUCAUGCACAAGGGAGUGAUAGCAUGUGAAGGGCAGAAGGAAGACAUUAAUGAGAUGGACGGUGUUGAUGCUGCUCUGAACACACUGCGCAAGUCAUCAACGGCUCCAAUUGAAUGUACUGAUGUUGAGAAGAUUCAAAGUGCACAGAAAAGAUUGGAGGCUUUGGAAGUCACCAUUGAAGGCCUUGAGAGUGGUUUGGAAAGCGUUUUCAGGCGCUUGAUUAAAACAAGAGCUUCUCUUUUGAACAUAAUCUCACAGUGA